UGUGCCCGUGCCGAGAAUGGUGGAUAUUUGGGUUGUUGUGGGUGGUAAAUUCGCGUUUUUUAGAGAAUCAAUUUACAAUGUUGGUGUCUUAUUUUAGUUUCAAGGAUAGUUUGGUUUAAAUGUUUUAGGAUUUCCGAAAAAGGACAGACACAAUGUGGACGGGAGACGUACAGAGUGGUUUUUCCACACAAUGGGCUCUCAACCCAUCGACUUAUCAAAACUUACCAAAUGAACAAGUGGAUUGGGCUUCACUAGCUCAACAAUGGAUACAGAUGAAGGAGCAUUAUCCGCAGCUAACACCACCGGUGCCCCCUGCACCCCCACCACCUUCUAUACAGGCUGACAUAGAGGCGGGGGAGGCGCCAAUGGACGUAGCCAAGGACGAUGUCCCCCCCGCUCCAGCCCCGCCAUCUGCAGCAUCUCAAGGACCUCCAGAUGGAAACUGGGGAACUGGAAACUGGAACAACUGGCAGCAGUGGGGUUGGGGAUGGAAUGGCCCACCAGACUCAUACAAUGCGCCAGCCGCAGUCCCACCUCCUGCCACUUUUGACUAUAAUCACGGAGCUUCCAUGCCGGACAACUUUGACCAGCAGGGCCCGCCGGGGUACUGGUCUGAGGGUACGGCCCCGUUUGUACGGAAUAAGCCUUCGUCUGAUUGGAGGCCUGAGAGAGCCCCUAGUAGUCGGAGGCAUUCAGGGAAAGUAGAGGAAGUGGUGGAGCCAGACACUACAGCGUUAUUUGAUGCUGCCAAACGUAAACAAUUACCUGCAUGGAUCAGAGAAGGAUUGGAAAAGAUGGAAAGGGAAAAACAGAAGAAAUUGGAACGAGAAAGGCAGAUCAAGGAGAGGGAAGAAGUAUUGUUGCGUCGCAAACAAGAGGAAGAGGAAGCACUAGCGUCUGGCAUACCUCUGAAGAGCAAAUUUGACACUGAUUCAGAAGAGUCUGAAAAGGAGGAGGAGCCAGAGUCAGCUGUGAAACCUAGAAGAUCAAGAUUUGACCCAGCGUCAAGCCCUGAACAUGUGAAACCAACAGCAACAGCCUCGUACUCUCCACCUCCCGUCAAACGUAAAUCCAAAGAGGAGAUUACGCAAGAAGUUAUGCAGAAAGUGAGAUAUGUCCUGACUGACAUUCUCAUGACCGUCACCAAUGAGGAGAUGAGGAAGAUCGCAGAUGAAGUUUUAGCUGAUUUCCGUGCUAAAGCUCCAGCCUCACGGUUACGUCAGACCCCAGCUUUAACUUCCCUUACUGGAAAACUAGGGCUGGGCAUCUAUGACUCUGAUUCCGAAGAUUCUUCCAGCGAGAGUGAAGAUGAACGGCCUUCAAAACAAAACGGGAUUGAUUCUGAUGAAGAACUUCGGGAACGAAUCAGUCGCAAGAAGCAGGAGUUUGCAAGGGUUGAACGAGAUAUUGAACAUGAAGUGGAACUGCAGGAGGAGCGUGAUAGAGAGAAGCAAACUGAGGAAGACGUGGAGGAAGAAGACAGACAGGAACGAGGAAAAGAUAUGGGACAGGUAGAACCUAAGCCGGUUCAUCUUGGUAAUAGGGCCGAAGAUGAAGCAGAAAAACCAAAAGCAAUCUCUGAGUUAAAAUUUGAGCGAAGCAAAUUGCAAAGUUUUACCCCAGAACGGUCACACAAAGAGAAAGAAAGUUCAGUAGACCGCAGCGAAGAUUCAAAUUCUUCAAGCAAAUCGUCGUCUUCUAGCAGAUCUAGCUCGAGCUCUAGGCGUAAAAAGAGAAAAUCUUCAAAGAGAAAGAAAGAAAAGAAAAGCAGUAAGAAGAAGCGUAAGAGGAGCCGCAGUAGGAGUAGCGAUCGAAGGAAAUCACACAAGAAGUCUAGUCACAGUCACAGGUAUGAGAGGGAGAGGUCACGGUCGAGGUCGAGGUCACGUAGCAGAGGUCGCGAUCACUACCGUCGCCACUCCAGCGAGUCGUCACACAAACGUAGACGCCACAGCUACUCUAGGUCCCCGGAUCAUUCCAGGGGUAAGAGGUCUAGUCACAGAAGUCGAGACUGAUCUCACCUCCUUCACAACAAGGUGGUAUUUUUUAUCAUUUUUAUUCCUAAGGUUGCACUGAUUCUGCUUUUUGUAUCUAUCCUAGUUUAUGAUCACUUCAUAGUCAAUUGACUGAGUACCAAAAGAUCCUUUCUUUGUGUUAUGUGCCGUAUAAAACAAUGAAAAAACUUUUAUUGGUAUUUACUAAACAAUUCUACAACAUGUUUCAGUGUUGAAAAUUGUUGAUAUGAGUGUUAUUAGAAAUUUACCGAGUUUUCCUAUGUUAUCCUUAUGGCAAAUAAAAAAAUCUGUCCAUUAUUUGUUACCAUAUGGAAAGAUUUUCAUUUCUUUUCCUUUGGUUAAUUUAAAUUUUAACUAAAAACAAUUUUUUGUCUUGUAGCAGCAACCAAAGUAUUCAUUGAGCCAAUGCUAUUUGUUUUGAGGGUGACUAUUGAGUAAAUUUACGUAUUUUUAUUAAUCUUUUUGGAUCUAAUUAAUUAAAUUGCAAUAAACCAACAGGUAACUUGCUUCGUUUUGGUGCUGAGGGUAUUAAAAUUUCAUAUGUAAGCAAGUUAAUGUAAACGUCAACUCAACUGGUGUUUGUUAAAUAACGGCUAAGUAAGAAGGUUCUUGAAAUCUUUUGGAACUUUGAGCCAUAAUGAAUUAAGGUUUGUUGAUUUGUAAUGUAAUCGUUACAUGGGCAUCCAUCAAUAUGGGAUAUGGGGGCUAUAAGAAAAAUUUUGUUAAUAAGACCCCAUAUUAACAAAGUUUUUUUUUUGACUGUGCAGUAAAAACAUAUAGAUAAAUUCACGCAUUUGACCAAGAUGUAUUUUAACGUUCAUAGACAACCUGAAGAUGUACUCGUUUAGCAGUACGAAACGGCCGUAAUUAAGGAUCAAUUGACGCAACAGGUAAUUUAAACCUUUUCUAUUUGCAAGAAAUUCAGGUCAAUAACGUGUAAAAUCAUACAUGUUGUACCUAUAUUUAAACUAUUUUUUGGGGGAGACUAUCCUUUAUACUGGGUUUGUUUCGAACCCUCCAGACGGUCAUGUAAAAAUUAGAUGGACGCCCAUGAACCGAUUACAGGUUUUUAAGUACCCAUGCUUAUUACGGAAAAUUCUGUUUCAGGUUCCAAAAGUGAACUGUGCACGACUCUAUUCCAGUUAAUUUGGAUUGGAAACCUUUGUUGAAGAAUGUGCGAUGAUAAUCUUAGUGACUUAUCUUUAUUUCAAGUUGUGUUUUGACAUUGUACAUAUGGAGUCAUGCUUGUAUGUAUGUAGUUAUAUAAGUUAGAUUUAACGUUUUUAAAGUUUGCAUGGGGAACGUCAAUAUUGUUAUUGAAUACAGACUGUCAACUUAAUUUUAUGCUUGCCUUAAAGCUCACUUUGAAGAAAGUGUUUGUUCUGUUAGAAUUUUGAGCUAAAGUGAACAUUGGAAAAUUUAUUUUUUAUUUUAUUAUAACAAUUCUUGUUUUUUCUAUUUUCCAGUCCAGUCUUGUUGUGUGUUAUCAUUUUAAUGUAAAAUGUGCCAAAAUUCCAAGAAGUGUUAUUAAAGUACAGAUCUAAGAACGUCUUCUGUACAUUUUACAUAUGUUAAAUUUAGGUAAAACAAACCUAAAAAAUUGUGAUAAUAAUUCAGUUAAUUAACCAAUAUCUUUGUAUCAUUUUCUUGCAUAAUUUGAUUCUGAAUUUUAAAGAUUUAUCGCCUUUUACUGAAGAAUUAUUUUAACACCUCGGAGGCAAAUUCAAAGUGUCAUGAGAUCUGUGUUUAAAAAAAAUAGUAUUAAAAAUUCCUUAUAGGCUAUAGAAUAUUUUUAAAUAUAUCCCUGGAAGUCAAAAAAAUGGAUGUAAAUGUUGAAUUAGAUAAUUUAUUUAUUGGCCCAUUAAAUUGGCUACGGUCACUGAAAUGUUAGUUGGAAGACUGACUAGGUAUAAACUGGCAUACUUUUGCGGUUUUUAAUUUAUUGUUCCCUUUUUUACUAAUGGCAAUAAGUCAAUCUUAAUAAUUGUACAUUCAAAAUCCACCAAAUGUUUCUGAGGUAUUGUAUAUUACUUGUUUCCUUCUGUUUUCCUUUGUAAAAGUUGACUAUGCGGCUGUGUAGUACAUAGCCUG